AUGCCUGCGACAAUGUAUACAGUUGCUGCCGCACUAGAACGAGCCCCGUACCUGGGACCUAUGCUUGUCGAGCAAGGGUUUGAGAUAGCCUGCCACGGCAAUCGCUGGAUCAACUUCAUGGAUGUCCCUCCUGAGGAGGAGGAAAAGCACGUACAUCAAGCCAUUGACCGGCUGCAAAAGUACACGGGCGAUCCCAGCGUACCCAGGGGAUGGAUGAUCGGACGAAGGAGCAAUGCCAGCCAACGCUUGUAUUGCCAUGCGGCAAAAGAGAGAGGUCUCGAGUUCCUGUAUAGUUCCGAUAGCUACGGAGACGACUUGCCGUAUUGGCUUGAAAGCCCACUAGCGUCAGAGGGCCUACCUGACGAGGGGAUGCUAAUUCUGCCGUAUACAUUGGACUGCAAUGACUUCCGAUUCGUGGUCGCGGGAUCGGGCUGGUCUUCCGGCGAGGACUUCUAUAAACACCUGGUCGACACGUUUGAUGUUCUAUAUGAAGAAGGGCAAAUGAGUCAGGCAAAGAUGAUGUCCAUCGGGCUACAUAAUCGUUGUGUGGGUCGACCAGGACGGCUUGCUGCUGUGGAAAAGUUCAUGCAGUAUAUUUCUGGUAAGGAAGGUGUUUGGGUGGCGAGAAGGGACGAGAUAGCCAGACACUGGAGGAAAAAGUUUCCUUAUGACCCGUCCAAGGCACAGGGCAAGGUAGUCGUCAACUGA